CCCGGCCCCUGUCACUUUACAACUCCACAACAUUCAUCCUCGUGCUCGCAAACCAUUUUGUCGUCGCACAUCCUCCCCCCCUCUUCCCUCCUCGCACACCAACUCUCCCACUCGCUCACUCUCGCACUGCACUCUUCACUCUUUCACCAUUCCUUCACACCCAUCCCAGGCUCGUGGCGCAGAUGCCGCGUCCACCAUCACAGCAAACACCAGCAGCACAAAGCCAGGACGCGGCUCUAGUCGAAACUCACGCGACUACAUGCCCCGCAGAGGACCUCUCAGAGGAUGACGACCUUCUCUCCUACGUCCUAGUAGACCAGCUAGGCGUCCUCCCAACAGACAGACUAGGCGUGCAUCCACAACAAGUCAAGUUUGUAGGACCAAAGUACAAGAAGGACGAUGUUUUGGCAAUGCUCCGCAAGACCGUCGUCACAGGUGACCUCUCUGGCUGCGUCGACCUUCUACGAGAAUUCUUCGUCAUCAAGGAGCACUUGGCAAAUAAACAGACCAACAAGCAACGCGCUCGUUUUCUCCAGCAUCUGCGCCGAUAUCUCUUGAUCUAUCUGCCCUCGUCGCGCAUUGAGAUUGCUCCCACCGAUCGUUACUCGCACGUAUCGGGCCACCCCGAACUGGCCAUUUACGCGGUCGCCUACCUCACCCCGGGUGUCACCGUUAGCGAGCUCCAGGGCAGUGUCGUCGACCUGCCCGAUGAGUGGCGGGAGGAAAUGGACAUUGGCGAGGGCUAUGACGCGGUGGAGCCAGAGGGCGAGGAGGAGUCGGACGACGACGACGAGGAGGAGGGCGAAGAUGAGGGUGACGACGAGGAAGACGAGGACAGCGACACCGAGACGGUGGCGGCCUCGAGACGUGCAGCAAAGGCCAAGGGCACAGAGGUUCGCCCUCAGCGUCGCAGUGGCCGCACCAAGCGUCGCGACUUUAGCAUCGUCUGGUCCAGCCUCAAGGGCUGUUACCAGUUGUUUCUUGGCCCCGCUCGUUUCCUCAACCACGACUGUAACCCUAACGUCGAGCUGCUCAGACAGGGCAAAUUCGUCACUUUCAGAGUCCUCCGUCCUAUUCUCGUCAACGACGAGCUCACGACCUUCUACGGCGAGAACUACUUUGGCAAGGGCAACAUUGAGUGCCUUUGUGCCACCUGCGAGAAGAACCACCGUGGUGCCUUCUCACGGCCAGCCGACGCUACCGACUCGCCCGCGGUGUCAGCCGACCUCUCCAUCGCGGCGAACGGCAAGGGUAGUCGCAGCCCCGACGCAGAGGACGAUGACGAGGAAAUGGCCUCUGUUUCCUUGACGCCUCGAAAGAGCCGCACCGCUGCCAUUGCCAACGGCUGGGAUUCUCCGGCCGCCUCAUCCAGAGGGGACGCAGACGAAGACAGUGCGGACGAUGAGCCCCGGCCUCGUAUCCGCCCGAUGCGCGAGGCGCGCAAGAAUGCCAAGCAGCUUGUUUUCACAAAGCGUCGCCCCAAGGUCAAGCCCGAGGAUUCCGACGACGAGGACCCUGCCGACGACGGUGACCUGCCAGCUAACUUUGUCCGCUGUAAAACCUGUGUCAAGCCGCUCAUUGAGCGUGUAUGGUUCAAUGCUGCCUAUUUUGAUUUCUGCACCAAAUGUCUUCGCCACGCCCUCAUCUUCGGACUCAACUGGCCCGCACGAAGAUUAAACGACCGUCAACCGUUUCCGCCACUUCAUCUCUGUCCCAAGAACUACAAAGGCCCGAAUCUGAUCAAACUUGAUCCUCCUACGCUGGAGAAGAAGCCGCCUAAGAAGAAGGGCGGUGAUACGCCCGUUGACGACGAGGUCGACUCGGUGGUCCACGUCAACGCCCAGCCUUUCACCCGAGAGGAGCGUCGCGCUGCUAGGUUCCGCCUGCAUAACGAGGCCGAGGACAUCGACACUGAUCAACUCCGUGUGGCGGAAUGGCAAAAGCAGGAGGCCAAGGAGAGGGCAGACAUCGCCGCUCAGGAGGCUCGUGAAACUGCCAAGAAGUUGCGCGAAGAGGUCAAGCGCAAGAGGAACGAAGGCAAGAUUCGCGGAACGGGCGUCUGGAGCCGCUACACCUUAGUCUCCAAAGAGGACGAAGAGAAGCGCAUCGCCGAGAAGAACAAGGUCGUCAGCGGCACCAGGAGGGGCGGCCGUUAUCGCGCCGACUCGGACGAGGAGGAGCUCGCUCGCCAGGCACAAGCAAAGGUCGACGAGCAACUUGCCAGGGAGAAGCGUAACCAAGAGAAGGCCAGGGAAUACCGCGAGAAGGACAAGCGGAAGCGACUCAAGGCUGCCAGGGCUGCUGCCAAGGCGGAAAAGCGACUGCUGGCUGGCGAGGACUCUGCAGAGGAGGACGACGAUGACGAGGAGGAGGAAGAGGAGGAGGAAGAGGAGGAAGAAGAGGAGGAGGAGGAAGAGAAGGAGGAAGAGGAGGAGGAAGUUGAGGAGCAGGUCGAAGAGGCUGCUCACGCCGACGGGGACACUGACGAGGCAAUGGCGGACCUAGAGCCAUUGGGUUCGGUUGUCGAGCAACAGAUUCUCCAACCGCCCAAGGUGACGUCCACAAGAGCUGAGGCCGUCAGAGUCACUGGAUCGCCUCGCACUCGUGGGUCGUCUUCGACCGUUGGAGCUGCCAUUGUCGAAAAGCCAAGCCCAGCCGCCAAGGGGACGUUUACCGUUGCCGCAAAGACAGCAACUACCCAGCCGGCUACCCCGAGGGGCAAAUCGACUAUUGCGGCAGCCACCUCCGCCGCCAAACGUACUCCAAGCUCGACCGUUUCCUCUGCGGCUCGUCGCGGCACGGCAACCUCCGCGCCUGUCUCUCCCAACGACGUAAUCGACUUGACCAUUGACACGAUUGACCUGACGGCUGAUUCCGACGACGAUGGCGAGCGGCGUCGCCCCCUUGCUUCCCUCAGCCCGGCCACUCGUCGUCGCGGCCCGGUUCGCGGUACCGACGACAGGUCGCCACCCGACUCGCAAACAUCUACCUUUGGCGGCGACGAGAACCCAAGAAAACGUGGCAGACCACCGGGAACCGGCCACCACCAGAAGCGUGCCAAGCUGGCUAAAGCACGAGAUGAGGCACGUGAACGACAGGCCGCAGUGUCGACUGCACAGGGAGCUACUCUUACACUUGUGCAGACUUCGAUUUCCAUCGAUCCCAUGUCGAAGAGCUGGAGGGAGGAAGGCGGUCCUCUUCCCAAGGGCUUCCUGGAUCUAAUCAAGGCCGACUUCCGCAAGGACGGCUCGGACCACCGCACCUCCCAGAACCCAUCGAUGGCCCGUUCGUCGCCCAGAACCUCGACGGUGGCUCGGGGCGCCUCCCCGGCUCCUCUCGACGAAACCUCGGCUGCGAUGGACCACGGUCCCGACGCGCCGAGAGCCAGCUGCGCCGCUCCUCCCGCCCACCGCGUCAGCUCUCCAUACAACCAGCAGCUUGGCGUCAUGGAUGGUGGACAACACAAGCGCAAGCGCGUGUCUGACAGCAGCGAGGCCUCCAGCACCACGCCAGGCAAACGCCGAGCUCGACAGUUUUUCCAAUCGAGGACUCAGUUUUACACUAAACCGAGUGCGUCGCUCGGGGUUCAACCGGUGAUCCCGGAUGUGCCCCGUUCGCCCGGUUGAGUGCUGGGUCGUCUUGCUCGACUCUCUCUCUCUCUCACUCCCAUGCCCCAGCCCUCCCCGUGACUAGAAGUAGACUGUGCAUAGCAUGCUGGGGGGUUUACUGGGUGGGAGUGUGUGUUUUGGUAUCUCUGCGUGUGUGCGCUGCUUUGUAUGCGUCAUGUAGCAUCAUCAUCAU